UGUAGUUGUGACGACGCGUUUAUCUGACGCCACUUCCGGUGUAACUGCUGAGCUUCCGGGCGCGGAUUGUUUUGAAAACGACGAGAAAAGUCGCGUUUAUUUUCACGCCAGAAGACGGCUCAGUAUGGCAUCCAUCAGAGACUACAAUGUGGCGGAGCAGUUAAGCAGCAAACUGGAGGAGAUCAGGACCAAACUGCUGGAUCAGGCCAUGGGAGAAGUGCUCAAUGGAAGAGUGACAGAGCUCUGUCAGGAACACCGGCGGUACAUGAAAUCCGUCUUCGGUACUUGUUUUAAGAAAUGCAAGGGGGAUGAAACCAUUUUUGACAUGAUAAAAACAUACAAAGAAGAUUUGAAAGAGAAAACAUCUUUACAGAAAGAGAAGAGUGCUGAACAUCUUGAGGUUGUGUCGGAGAUUGAAGACAAAGAGCACCACAAAGCGCUCUUAUUUCAGAGAAUCGAGAAGCUCAAGAAGGAUCAGGCCAAAAACCGGGAAUUGAUUCAGUCACAAAAUAAAGCCAACAAGGACAGACUGAAGAAGCUGAACAAAUGUAAAGACAUCUUUCAGAAGCCCCUCAGUCUUGAGAUCAAAAAAAUCCAAGUGAUUCAGUCACAAAAUAAAGCCAACAAGGACAGACUGAAGAAGCUGAACAAAUGUAAAGACAUCUUUCAGAAGCCCCUCAGUCUUGAGAUCAAAAAAAUCCAAGGUCGGUAA